AGCUCUCUAGCAAGAAGAUCCAGAAAUCACUGCUCCAUUCUCUGAUUCUCUCUUCCAACAAGAUAGAUCAGACCGCAAUAUCUCUUUAAAAAUAACGAGAUACACCAGCAAAUCCCGUUGAAAAGAUAAGAGUAAAAUAUCAGGGUACCCUGUGAAUGCCCCCCUACGUAUCCCCUCUGAAUCCACAUAAUCACAACACUGCAAAAAGUAAACAGACGAUGCAAAACUCCCCGCGUAUCCAAGCUCACACCUUCAUACGAUGGAUGAACAACAAGCUAGUAAAGGCCCAGAAGCCCCUGGUGAGGUCCCUGGUCCGGGACCUGCAGACUGCUGCCCCACUGAUAGCACUGGUGGAAGUGUGCAGGGAGAAAGAGCUACCGUUCAAGUACCACGAGGAGUGCGAGACGGAGCAGCAGAAGGAGGAGAACUGGAAGAAUUUCUUGGGUUUUUUGGUGGAGGAGAGGGUCGUGGAUCAGGAGUUUACUGAAACUUCAAACGAAGAAAUAAUGGGAGGCAAUGUUAAGCUGAUACUAGGACUGGUUUGGAUGCUCAUUCAGAAAUAUCACAUACAAGCUGAAGACGCCAAAAGAGCCAUGCUCGACUGGAUACAGGCGGUGAUCCCAGAAUCCAACAUAAAGAACUUCACGACGGACUGGAACAACGGUCGUGCACUCUCAGCACUAGUUGAAACCUGCUUACCUGGUUCAAUACCUGACUGGAACCUGUUAGAUGAGAACAACGCUGUGGAAAACAUCACCUCUGCUAUGCAGACAGCAGAAGAGGAACUGAGUAUCCCAGCUCUGCUAGCUCCAGACGACAUGGCUAACCCCGAGGUCGACGAACUCAGUAUCAUGACGUAUGUCAGCUGCUUCAACACUCAACUGUUCAACAAUCUUCUAUUUUGGCUCCGUGCCAAAGUACCUCACAGGAGUAUUGAGAAUCUGACACUAGACUGGAAUAACGGUGUGAACCUGGCCUACCUAGUGGAGGCUCUGGCACCUGGUAGUUGGGAGAAUAUGGAUGAUGUUAGCCCUGAUACGGCGGAGGAAAAUGUUAAGACUGGUUUGAAGAUCGCGUAUGAUGCGCUGGGAGUGUUCCCUAGAAUAAAGGUGGAGGAGUUCAUGAAUCACGAGAUUACAGAGCUGAACAUGGCUACUUACAUGUGGCAAUUUAGGAACAGCAAGAUAACAUCAGGCUAUGCGGAGAACACAGCACAGCGCUGCAUCGCAUCAGGUCUGGGACUGACACGAGGUACCCUGGGCGAACCUUCCAAGUUUACAGUUCAUGCAGGGAAUGCUGGGGUGGGAGAGUUGCAUGUUAAGAUAUCUAACCCUGGCAGCGAACCUAUUGUCCCUCUGAUAGAAGACCUGGGUCUAGGAGAAUACAGUGUAACCUACGUUCCUAACCAGUUUAUAGACCUAAUCAUAUCGGUCACGUGGGCUGAACAACAUGUGCCAGGGUCCCCCUUCAAGGCUGUAGUUCUGGGACCUCCUGAUGCUACCAGAUGUGUAGUCAGCGGAGAAGGAAUACACAUCGCCAGGCCUGGUUGGCCAGCAGAGUUCUUAGUAAACGCUCAAACCGCUGGAGUAGGUCAUCUUACUGCUAAUAUCCAAGGCGCGAACUCUAAUCCUAAUGUUGAGAUCGAGGAAUAUGCAGAGGGAAAGUUCAGGGGAACUUAUAUCGCUAAAGAAUCUGGUGAUCAUGACUUGUUCGUGUACUGGUGCAACGAGCCGGUUCCAGGAAGUCCUUUCCUGGUACACGUGGAGGAAUCCCUCCCUCCCAGUGCUAUGAUAAAAACUACCGGCGGCAGGAUGUUGCAGAUAGACACGGUACACAGAGCAGGGGAGAGUAUAGAGUUAGAUGUUGACACACAGGAGGCUGGAGACGGACAACUGGCGGCUGUAGCUAUCGGACCUAAGGGAGACGCGGUCCCCGUGGAGAUAAUAGCCAACAGAAACAGAACAUUUACACUGAAACUUCUUACUUCUAGGGGUGGCAGGUACUUAGUGAACGUUUACUUCAACGGAUCCCACAUUCCAAACUCUCCCUUUAAAGUGCGUGUGUGUAACCCGGAAGCGAUAUGGGCAGAGGGUCCGGGCUUGAUGGACAGUUUUGUGGGUGAUCAGGGCGAUUUCCAAGUCUUCACCAGAGACGCUGGACAUGGUACACUAAGUGUGCGAGUAAACGGACCUAAAGACAAAUUUCGAGUAGACAUGUGGAAGGGCGCAGAACGGACCGUCAACUGUAGAUACAACCCAGAAGUAGCUGGAAAGUACACUAUCAACAUCAAGUGGGAGGACGAGCAUAUCAAGGGUAGUCCAUUCACGAUACAAGUCAGAAAACGUCCGGACAACGGAUCAGACAUUGUAGCGAGAUGAGUUUACGAUUACCAGACUUUACUGAGUGUACGGUACAAAUAGUACCAUAGUACUGUAAGGACUUAAUUCUUGACUUCGCUGUCAAGGCAGCGUCUAGUACCCCUUUUUCAACUCUGACCAUCUAUUGUAGCUGUUGUCUAUUCUUUUACAAUCCUGAAUCUGUUGUAUCUGAUAUUUCUGCUACAGAAAAUAUCUGGCACAGAAAAUAUGAUAGAGUGUAGAGGAGGUUUCGUCUACCGGAAAUAUAAAUAUCUCCGAGAUUGAUCUCUUAAUGGUUCUUAUUAAAACAUGACAGUCGUGAGCACAGAGCAUUGAGCGUGAGCAUGUCUUCAAAAUGAGUAUAAUCAUCGAAUAUACGCACUGAAAUUCUGGACAAAGAGCCAACCUCUUUGCUGAUAUGACGUGACGAUUGGGGUCAUCUAAGAAAAGUGAGCGAACACGCAAUUAAUUUGAGUAAUGAGAUGUAUUGUUAUCUGUAAAUUUUAAUAAUAUUUGAUUUGAAUUUUAUUGCUAUAUGCUAUAACGGAUUUGUGAAUAAAUUAUGGACAGAAUGUUUGUGAUCAGUAAACAAUAAAGUAUAAACAUGUAGGGUGAAUUUUAUGGGCAUAUCUGAAAGUAUGGUUAAUUUGUAGAGAAAAAAGUUUAGAGAAGCACAUUUUAAAUUCUACGCUUUAUUAACAAUCUAAUCAUAGUUAUAUUGAUGAAAAUAAUGCCUUUUUGGGCGUUUAUUUCUCUUGUGUCUUUCUUUAUAUUAGAUCACUAUCUCCUGCACUUUAUUGCUAAGCACUAAGAGUAAGAAUAUUCUCAAUCUUGUUGAUAAUUAGUCGUGAAAUUUUUCACUGUCAGAUUAUUUAACUUCGUUUACUGUCUUUUAAUUUUUGAGUAACUCAAAAGUUUAUUGUGAAUUACAUUUAGAUGAAGAUAUUGUAUUAUGGUUUUUAAAAACUUGUUCAAUUUU